AAAGGGAAAGCAUACAAUUAAAAUAAUAAUAAUUUAAAUACUUUUUUUUACGCAGUCCACUCAACCACAAAGUACUCGCACCCUACUCCCGAGAUCCUUCUUGACCAUCGAGAACCCUUUCCAUCCUCCCAACCAAUCAAGAGAUCCUUGAUUGAUUUUCGUUCCUCUUCACCAUCGCUAUUCUACUUCAUCAAUCCAACCCUCUUCAAUCAAAACAAACCAAACCUCACCCACCAUCAUGAGCACCUCAAAAAUUUCAGGCUUGAUGAGAUCAUCACUCCGAUUAGCAGCAGCUCAUCCGCCAUGCAAACGACCGAUACCAGCUCAAUUCGCCACUUCCACUGCUCAAUUCGUCUCCCGAAGCUCCAAGGCAGAAAUGGCUGAAGUCGUCGAUCAGUCCAGACCAUCAACUCUCUUCGACGCUCAAUCCUCUCUUGCUGCUGCUGCUUCUUCUUCUUCUUCUUCUUCCUCUUCUUCUAAGUUGAUGCAAGCUACCCUCGAUAUCAUCGACCCUAUCGCUCAUCAUCCUGACCCACUCCUCGUCUCUCCCGUACCCGAACUACGUCAAACUGAAAACACUCAAAAACAAGAAAAAAUCGGAAGACCUAUCUAUCUGGACAUGCAGGCCACCACACCACUUGAUCCCCGUGUCCUGGAUGCGAUGAUGCCAUACAUGACCAAUCAAUACGGUAAUCCUCAUUCCAAGACUCACGCUUAUGGCUGGGAGACCGAGAAGGCCGUCGAAACCGCUCGGAGCCACGUGGCUGAUCUCAUUGGCGCUAGCACUAAAGAUAUCGUGUUUACCUCGGGUGCUACCGAAACAAACAACAUGUCGAUUAAGGGCGUCAGUAGGUUCUACAAGGAACGUAAGCGUCACAUCAUCACCACACAGACUGAGCAUAAAUGCGUCCUGGACUCUUGCAGAGUUUUGCAAGAUGAAGGGUUCGAUGUGACUUAUUUACCCGUCAAAAGUAACGGUCUUAUCGACCUGCAGGAGCUCGCCGAUUCGAUCCGUCCGGACACCAUUCUAGUCUCGAUUAUGGCAGUGAACAAUGAGAUUGGGAUCAUCCAACCCUUGAAAGAGAUAGGAGCGAUCAUCCGCCGUCAUAAGGGAGUCUUCUUCCACACCGAUGCUGCUCAAGCUGUGGGUAAGAUCCCGAUUGACGUAGAGGAGAUGCAAAUCGAUCUCCUCAGUAUGAGCUCCCACAAGGUCUAUGGUCCUAAAGGCAUCGGAGCUGCUUAUGUUCGGCGAAGGCCUAGGGUCAGACUCGAGCCUAUCAUGAACGGUGGCGGGCAAGAGAGAGGUCUGCGUUCGGGUACCGUCCCUGCCCCUCUCGUGGUCGGCUUUGGCGAGGCUUGUAGAAUUGCUAAGUUGGAACUUCAGAAUGACCACGAACACGUCUCAAGACUAUCACAGAGGUUACACGACAAGAUCACGCAAAGCUGUACACACAUCGUACGGAACGGGGAUGAGAAGUUGGGCUAUGCCGGGUGUUUGAACUUAUCUUUUGAGUACAUCGAGGGCGAAUCGUUAUUGAUGGCGUUGAAGGAUGUAGCUCUGAGUUCUGGAAGUGCCUGCACCUCGGCCUCUCUCGAGCCUAGUUAUGUGCUCAGAGCUCUCGGGGCUUCUGAUGAGAACGCGCAUAGUUCUUUGCGAUUCGGAAUCGGUAGAUUUACCACUGAACAAGAGGUCGAUUAUGUUGCUGACAAAAUCGUCGAUGUCGUCACUCGCCUUCGUGAAUUGAGUCCUUUGUGGGAGAUGGUCCAAGAAGGAAUUGACUUGAAAUCAAUCAACUGGUCUCAACAUUGAUCUGUCUCUUCCCCACUCCCACAACAAAAUAAAAACAAACACAUGUACUUUAGUCGCUUUUCCUUGUUGAACCUAUGACCUUUAUUUUCUUAUUAUUCCUGUGUGUUCACUCAUCUCAUUCCUUGUGCAGAAAUCAUGUGUUGUGGGAUCAUAUUACAUAUGGAAGCAUAACCAUCUUCCAUCUUCUCAAUUGAUCGAAAUUUCUCUUUCACCUUUGUUUAUAUCCUCAAUAGUGGUUUUUCAUAAACGCAUAAACAUAAAUACAGUCAACUUU